GGUUAAGGUUAGUAUGUUAAUUCGGUAUAUCUCGCCGAGUGUUUUGGCAUAUUUAAGCCGCCUUGCCACGGUCACACUUUCGCCAACUGCAAGAAUAAAAAGCCGCCAUGACGACUGCCUUUGACGCCGCACACACGGAGGGCCCGGGAUUCGUGGGCAUUCGGUUCUGCCAGGAGUGCAACAACAUGCUGUACCCCAAGGAGGACAAGGAGAACAAGAUCCUGCUGUACGCCUGCCGGAACUGCGAUUACAAACAGGAGGCGGACUCCAACUGCAUCUACGUCAACAAGAUUAUGCACGAAAUCGACGAGCUAACCCACAUUGUGCCCGACGUGAUCUCCGAUCCUACGCUGCCGCGCACAGAAGAUCACGCUUGCCCCAAGUGCUCCCACCGGGAGGCGGUCUUUUUCCAGGCGCAAACCCGACGCGCCGAAGAGGAGAUGCGACUGUACUACGUGUGUACCAACCAGAACUGCACCCACCGAUGGACGGAGUAGAAACAGAUGACCCAUCGCCCCGUAAUUGUAGUCCUAAGUAAUCGCACCAACGUAAAGGCACUUUGCAAUCGCAAAUUCACAAUUCCCCCAUGGCUAUGCCGCAAAAACAUCCCACGUGCAGCUCCAUUCUCGGUUUCCGAUUGAUGAGAUAACAGUCACACUGAAAAAAA